AUGACCAUUGUUCAACAACAUUUUCUUUGCUUUCAUUCAUUCCUACCAUCGUUCUUUAUUUUUCAGAUAAUGCCAGCAAUGUGUCACACAGCAUCAAUUUGGCUGACAUUGGCGUUGGCCGUACAAAGAUAUAUUUACGUAUGCCAUGCGCCCAUGGCACGAACAUGGUGUACAAUGCCUCGAGUCAAACGAUUUACCAUUUAUAUAACAUUAGCUGCCUUCCUGCAUCAAAGUACACGGAUUUUUGAUCGCAGCUAUCAAGCUCUAACAAUCGAAUGGAAUGGAGAAAUGGUGGAGGUUUGUCACGUCGACAAUGCCCGAUGGGUGCAAGAGUUUGUCGGCGAAGAUCUCUACUAUACGUUCUUCUUCCUCUUUCGCGUUUUAUUCGUCCAUUUGUUACCCUGUAUAAUAUUGGUUACCCUAAACAUCUUACUGUUUCGGGCGUUGCGUAAGGCCCAGGAGCGACGAAAACUGCUAAUCAGUGAAAAUCGCAAAAAGGAAUGUAAAAAAUUGCGAGAAAGCAAUUGUACCACGCUCAUGUUAAUUGUGGUAGUCACCGUGUUCCUUAUCGUCGAAAUACCCAUAGCUGUGGUGACGGCCAUGCACAUUGUCUCAUCGCUGACCAAUAAUUUUUUGGACUAUGAAGUGGCAAAUAUUUUUAUUACGUUUACGAAUUUCUUUUUGGUUGUCAGCUAUCCGAUUAAUUUCGGUAUAUACUGUGGUAUGUCGCGACAAUUUCGUGAAACAUUCAAAGAGAUCUUCCUGGGGCGUAUGGUGGAGCCACAUUCACGCUACUCAAUUGUUAAUGGACCACGCACAUGUUCCAAUACCAAUGAAACUGUCCUCUAGUAAAGGUUUCUCCUAAUGCCGUUUCGCAAAAGUUGGCAACGACGGAGACGGCAUUCCAGCUACUGCAGCAGUGUUACGGAAAUUGCAGUGGGCGGU